AUGGUCGGAAUUGCGUUUCUCGGGGCUGGAAUUUUCGCCAAAGAGGCCCAUCUUCCUGCGAUAGCCGAGCACCAAGCGAAUCUUCUUGCGGUGUAUUCGCGGUCAACUCGUUCAGCUGAAUCCUUGAAAUCUGCAGCCGACGCUCUCGGUAUUUCAGCCUCCCAAAUCGAUGUAUACUCCGACGAGGAAGAAGCCCAAGGACGAGGUUUAUCGGAUCUACUCGGUCGCAACGACAUCACGGCCUGCAUCGUUGUUCUGCCCAUUCUAGUGCAACCAACUGUUGUCCGACGCUGUCUGGGGGCAGGAAAGCAUGUACUGUGCGAAAAACCAAUUGCGAAAGACGUGGCAGCCGCCUCUCAGCUGAUCCUCGAAUACGAGAAGGAGUUUCAACCAAAAGGCUUGGUUUUCUCCAUCGCGGAGCAGUUCCGCUAUGACCGUGCCUUCACCCAUGUCCGGGACCUCGUUGCGGAGGGGAAGAUUGGAAGCCUAAAGCACGUUCACGCGCGGGUAUGGACGAACAUUCGCCCCGUUAGCAACAAAUGGUACGAAACGGAAUGGCGCAAGAAUCCCGAGUAUCAAGGAGGGUUCGUCCUCGAUGGUGGAGUGCAUUUCGUCGCUCUGAUCCGGUAUAUCUCGGGCCAAGAGAUCGUUAGUACUGCAAGUCUUGUGGCACAAACUCAUUCGCAUCUCCCACCUUUGGACACGGUGAAUGCGGCAUUACGGUUUGGGAAUGGGACGCUGGGCUCUUUGAGUAUCUGUUUCGCCUCCGCCAAGAACAAGUUUAAAUUUAUAUUUGUAGGUGACGACAAAGUUGUCACGGUGUCGGGGGCGGAUGGCGGAUGGCGAAUCGUUCUUGAGGAUGAAGAAGGCAAGGUUUUGAGUGAGGAGAUAAUCGAUGGACAAGGUGUAUCAGAAGAAAUCAAAGCUUUUCUCCAUGCUUCAUCCCUCGGAAAGGCAGAUUCGAAGGCUGGACCGAGGGAAGCCCUUGCUGAUCUUGCGGUGAUCGAAAGCAUUUGCUCUGGUGGAGGAGACGUCUCCGUUUGUCCUUGA